AUGGAAAAAGGGAAAUCGUCUCAGAAGCAAAGCCUGAUGCAGAUCCCGGAGGCUAUAGACCCAGGAACUAUCUUGCCACUGUACGAAGACGAACUGAAUGGCAGUGAUCCAAACCAGCCCCAGAAAUUGGGUUCUUACCGCGUCAGAGCCGGCAAAUUCUCGAACACGCUGAGUAACUUGCUGCCCAGCAUUAGCGCUAAGCUCCACCACUCGCGGAAGACGUCCGGAACUCCCAAAAACGCGCCGGAAACGGCUCUCAGCGGGUCUUCAAGCAACAACACCAGCCGGUCCCAAAUCAGCGUCUCUGGCCAAAUAUCACCACCAGAGCUGUCCCAGCCGCUUCCGGAAGAAUUCAUUGGCCAAUCUGAUGAUUCUAUUUUCGCAUCUGCUAUGCCGCCCCGCAAUUCUGGUGAAUCGUUCUCUUUCAGUUCCAAUGGUCCGAAUUUGCAUGCUACGAACUCGAAUACCGUGUCGAGAACCAGAAACAACACUGUUUCAUCUCAGAUUACAUCGCUUUCCGGGAUUCCUCAAACCACUGGCAGUUUGUGGUCAAACAACACUUCGCCUAACGAACCACACGUGAUAUCUGGCUUGACUGGUGCUUCUUUUGCCACGGUAAGUCCACUCAAUGAGUACUCAUCAAAUGCCUAUUUCGAUGUUGGAAAGUCAGGCAUUUCUGCUAGCCACCAAAAUCCUAGCAAUCUUACUGUGCCUGGAGCUCAACCGGGAACCGUCCCUGGGACGCUUCCGACCACGACAAACGGCAACGCAGGCAACAUAUGGAACAAUCGUCAGAGGUCGCACUCUAACGCGUCGAGCAUUUACACAGACGCUCCGAUCUAUGAUAACAUAGCUGUCAACCGGUCCAGAGCAUCUACUUUUGGUUUGGGUUUAGAGCAAGCACCUAUUGCCGUUAACAAUCUGCCUCCUGCAAGACAACAAUCCCCAACGUCUCCGGUUGUUACAGACGACAUUGAUCCCAGAUCUAUCAACUGGGUCACAACGGAUCCAUCUGUUCCCGCUAUAAAUCAGAUUUCAACGCUUCUCCCAACAAACACUGUAUCAAUAUCUAACGUCUAUUCCUUACAGCAGCAACAGCCACAACUAGCCAACGCCAUAAACUUGACAAGUACUAGCUUAGCAACCUUGUGCGUUAAGUUUGGGAAUGUGACAUCGGCAAGAACCCUAAAACGGAUUAACAUGGCCAUUGUUGAGUUUGAUACCGUGGAAUCUGCUAUGCGUGCUAAGGAGGCUUUGCACGGAAAGGAAGUGUCUCUUGUAGGGGCUCCAAGCUGUGUCUCUUUCGCCAAAGUCCUACCCAUGCAUCAGCAAGCCAUGUCUUCUACUCAAUCGCUUGCAAGCAGUUCAACCAUUAACGGUCCACAGUCGCUUCUUCAGGAACAAUUGUACAGUGGUGCUGUGACAUUUCAACAACAAGGAAACGUGUCCAUUCCUGUUUUGAAUGGACCCACGCAUCAACAACAAUCCCAGGCUAUAUCGAAUUCACAAGCCCUAUCCCAAGCGUCUCAACAGCAGCCCCCACAACAAACAGCGAAUUCAAGUUCCAAUUCAAACCAUCAUGCCACACCGUCUCAUGGGGGGUCAGAUAAAGAACAUUGCCCGUUUUCUUUGCCCCCACCCAAUGUUUCUCAAUAUACUCACACACUGGAAGAUAUUAUAAACUCUUUUGGCACAAGCCAUGACUCCACGCAAACAAAACAUGUUAUUGACAACGCUGUAUUUUGCAGAGGUACCACCGACACCGCAGAUUUUGGCCCUCUGCCCGAUCCCUUACCUAAUAGGGGAUUUGACGCACCAAAGCUUCGCGAAAUUCGCAAAGCGAUAGAUGUCAAUUCUAUGAGUGAGCUCGAAAUCGAACAACUGGCAAUUGCCAUGUUAGACGAAUUGCCUGAAUUAUGUUCGGACUAUUUGGGUAAUACUAUUGUUCAAAAGCUCUUCGAGCACUCAUCAUCAGUUGUCAAGGAUAUUAUGUUGAGACGUACAAACACAUUUCUAACUUCUAUGGGGGUUCACAAGAAUGGUACCUGGGCCUGUCAAAAAAUCAUAACCAUGGCAGACACUCCUAGACAGAAGAUGUUAGUAGCCAAGGGAGUCGAGAAAUAUUGCACACCUUUGUUCAACGACCAAUUUGGUAAUUAUGUUAUUCAGUGUGUCCUCAAGUUUGGCUUUCCAUGGAAUGACUUCAUAUUCGAACACAUCAUCUCCAAUUUUUGGACUAUCUCCCAAAACAGGUAUGGCGCUAGAGCUGUGAGAGCCUGUCUGGAAGCUCACGAUAUCAUCACAAGAGAGCAAUUACUUGUUUUGAGUGGUGUGAUUGUCCUUUACACGGAAUACUUAGCUACCAACAGUAACGGUGCUCUCUUGGUGACCUGGUUCUUGGAUACCUGCACUUUGCCUCACAGACAUUCCAUAUUGGCUCCCAGACUUGUUGCUAAUAUGGCAGAGCUAUGCUGUCACAAACUUGCCUCCCUAACGGUGCUGAAAGUCUUAAAUUACAGAGGUGAUGAAAAGGCGAAACGACUAAUUUUGGAGAGCAUUUUUGGAAAGAAAGACACUGGUGCACCCUCACCUCUCUUGUACCAAAUAUUAUGCGAUACAAACUAUGGGCCUACAUUCCUAUACAAGGUACUUUCAAUGUCACUGCUAGAGGGCGACAUCAGAGUGCAUGUCGUGCAGCAAGUGCGCAGGGCGCUCAUGGAGAUAAACCCUACCCAACAACAUCGCAGAUUAAUGGAAGAAGUCGGUCUUGGCGGAACUGCCGUUGUGCCAACAAUAGCAUCUUCAGUAUCUGGUUCUGCUAAACAUCGUCCUAGCAUAUCGCACGUUUUCAAUACUGAUGGCGUGGGACACAUGCGCAACGUAUCUGUGGGAAGCAACUUGAGCAACGGUUCCCGCCCACGGGCGCUGUCAAAUAGCGGCUUGGGUACAAUUCCAGCAGGUGCUGCAAUUACUGCCGCAAACGCUCCAGGCUCGGCGCCCCAGAACCAGUUACUAGCUGUGCCUGGCGCUUUUUACAGCUACCCCGGCGUAUUUCCCGUGUCGGGAGGUAAUAGUCGGGGAUACCCUGUCAAUGGGGACGACAUUGCAUCUCAAUUCGACAUGCUUAACCUGCACAAUUCAACGCAGAUUUCGCUUCCACAGCUCAGCAUGAACAAUACCAAUUCAAACGCUAAUUUAAACAACAACGCCAACCAAAACCAUCUCAAGCCAGGAAACAGUAACAAUGGCUCUGUUUACGGCAUGUACGGCUAUUGA